UAUUAGACAGGAACAAGCUGCGAGUGCCGCGCAGCAGGUGUAGAAAGCAGCCAAAGCCGCCGGAGAUAAAUUCAACAAGGAAGUGGAAGCAUUGUUCCAAAAAUGGAAACCGUACGCAGUAAUCAGCAGAAAACGGUGAUGGAUAUUAUUCAGAAGGACAGGAAGAGGAUGUAAGGUACAGUGAAGGUGACCUGCAGCCAGCGCCAGUCGGUGAUGAAGUAGGCGAGCAGAGGAAGGAUGAGGACGCCCACACUGAAGAACAUCUGGUACAAGAUGCCCACUGUGCGCCUGUACUUCACACCAACGAUCUCUGUGACUGACAGAGUGGCAGGAAUGCUAACGGAAGCCCAAAUAAUAAACCAGGAGGGUCCUGCUAGUAUUAGGGUCUCGCCAUGUACCUGAACACAGCAGCUUUCCUCCUCGGAGCCUUGAUCAGCACUGUUUGUGGCACUGAGGUGGAGGGCUACUCCAGAACUGAAGGGGCAUGGAUCCUCUCGCUGAAUAAACGAAGAUAUUCAGUUGACACCAUAGCUGAAUGUGCCACUAAAUGUAACAGUGAAACAUUCUUCACAUGCAGGACUUUCAUGUAUGAUGAGAAUGACCGAGAGUGUUGGACGGCAGCAGCAAACUCUAAAACAGAGCAAAUCAUGAAGAGAAGCAGCACAGCUUUAUAUGAAAGAAAUGGUAAUGAUGAAUAUCUCCUGGAGUGUGUAAAUGGGAUAGGAAAAGAUUACAGAGGAACAAAGUCCAGAACAAAAUCCGGGAAGCUCUGUCAGAGAUGGGAUUCAAACUACCCACACAGGCCAAAUGUCACACCACAGACCCACCCACUAGCAGAUCUGGAGUCCAACUUCUGCAGAAACCCUGAUGGGGACCACAGGGGACCCUGGUGCUACACCACUGACCCCAGCACCCGCUGGGAGCCGUGCAACGUACCCAGCUGCUCUAGCGAGAUUCAUAAAUAUGAAUGUAUGGUCUGCAACGGUGAGGACUACAGAGGAAAAAUCUCCUCCACUGAAAACGGCUACACCUGCCAACACUGGGACUCCCAGACACCCCACGACCACGGCUACAAUCCCAGCAUACUUCCGGGAAAGUUUCUUGAGAAGAACUACUGCAGAAACCCAGAUGGAAGUCCCCGACCAUGGUGCUUCACCACCAGCCCAUCCAAACGAUGGGACUUUUGCUCCAUUUCCCGCUGCACUGCUGAGCUUCCCACCAUCAUCCCAGAGGUGAACUGUGUCACCGGUGAAGGUGCAGCGUACCAAGGAACGAUUGCCGUAACUGUGACUGGCAAAACAUGCCAGAGGUGGUCGGCUCAGACGCCCCAUAAGCACAACCAAAACCCAGAAAACUACCCCUGCAAAGGUCUAGAUAAUAACUACUGUCGUAACCCCAACAAUGAAAGGAUGCCCUGGUGCUACACAACUGACCCCGACACUCGCUGGGAGUACUGCAACGUGCCACGAUGUGGGGCUGCACGUGGACCAGAUGAUCCGGCGACUCCCCCGAAGGAGGAAAACUGCUACGAGGGGAACGGCUCCAGUUAUCGGGGCGUAACAUCAGAGACCAUCGGUGGGAAAAAAUGUCAGAUAUGGAGUUCCAUGACUCCUCACAGACAUGAGAAAACACCAGAGGUCUAUCCUAAUGCGGACCUCAGAGGGAAUCUGUGCAGGAACCCUGAUGGGGACCAAGCCCCCUGGUGUUUCACUACAGACCCCAAAGUCCGCUGGGAGUACUGCAACUUGGAGAAAUGCCCCCUCAGAUCUCCAGGAACCAGACAUUCUGGAGCCCAGAACCCUCCCACUGCCACCCAGACACCACCAGAGGAAGACUGCAAGGUUGGAAACGGGGAAACAUAUCGAGGUCCAACUUCUGUUACUGCGCUGGGUGUGACGUGCCAGGCAUGGAGUGCUCAGACUCCCCACAGUCACACUAGCUUCACCCCAGAAAUUCACCCCACCAAGGGUCUGGAAGGCAAUAGCUGCAGAAACCCAGACGGCGAUCUGAACGGACCGUGGUGCUACACUACUGACAGCAACAAGAAAUGGGACUACUGCCAGAUCCCCGACUGUGUUGAACUGAAGUGUGGAAUACCAGCGAUCAAACCAAAACGCUGUGUUAGUCGUCUUGUUGGCGGCUGUGAAGCAACGCCUCACUCGUGGCCCUGGCAAAUCAGCCUCCGGACCAGCGCAGGGACCCAUUUCUGUGGAGGAACUCUGAUCGACCCUCAGUGGGUCCUGACUGCUGCUCACUGCCUCGAGAGGUCCAGCCGCACUUCAGCGUAUAAGGUAUUGCUGGGUAUCCACACUGAGACAGCCACCGAGUCAUCAAAACAAGAGAGGAGACUCGAGAAAAUGGUGCUGGGACCAAACAGAGUGGAUAUCGCUCUGCUCAAACUGGAGAGACCUGCAAUAAUAAAUGACCAAGUGCAGCCAGCUUGUCUACCAGAAAAGGAUUAUAUAGUUUCCAGUGAAGCAGAGUGUUUUGUAACCGGAUGGGGUGAGACUCAAGGUACAGGAGGUGAGGGCGUUCUGAAGGAAGAGAGCUUCCCCAUUAUUGAGAACAAGGUCUGUAAUCGGCCAGAAUAUCUGAACGGCAGAGUCCAAAACUAUGAGCUGUGUGCUGGAUACAUCGAGGGAGGAAUAGACAGCUGCCAGGGUGACAGCGGCGGUCCUCUCGUGUGUUACGCGCAGGGCAAGUUUGUCGUGCAGGGUAUCAUAUCGUGGGGCAUGGGGUGCGCCAACGCCAUGAGACCCGGCGUCUACGUCCGAGUGUCUAAGUUUGUGGACUGGAUCGAUAAAACCAUCAAAGCCAACUAAAAGCCGUCCUCUGCAAUGAGGUUCUUCAGGAUGUGUUAACAUGGACACAGUGUUCUGCUCUGACGUGACUUUUUAGGCUGCUUUUAACUGUUUUGUUACCUGAAGUGGACACACUGUGCAAAGCAUGUUACUGAUUUGAAAAAUUAUUGAUGAAGUUUCUGUAAGAGCUGAAAUUUAAAAAAACAAACAAACAAACAAACAUUAAACCAAAUUAAGACGGCAUGCUUUAUAGAAAAUGUAUAUAAAUCUACUUCCAUGUGGUUA